AAAUUAGAGAUACUUUUGAGGAAUUGAGCGUGCCCUAACAAGCUCCUUGCAAGUUGCAGGUGGGGACAAAAGUGUGCGUUAAGGCAUCUUGUUUUCCUUUCUCUUGCAAGAGAGGUUGUUUCUCAUUGGUUUACUCUAAAGAUUGGGAUCAUCAUGUGGGGGCCCUAAAAUCUAGUUGGCAAAGGAUUAUAUAUAUAUAUCUCUGUAUCUGCAAGUGCGUACUAGAAAAUGGAGACAGUAGUUAUGACAAGCUUAUGGUUUCUGUUGUUUCUGUCAAUGACAGUCGUUGACAUCAGAGGGGAUGAUGAGAGAAAUGGCACCACUGCUCAAGUUAAUGCCACUUCCCUAAAUCUUCCUCAAGAGAAUAAUAACAAUGUACAAGGAAGUCAUAACAAGAUCUCUAAUUACACUGAAGUUGUGCUCAAUAACGAUAAAAGAUACGGUGGGUAUUAUAGAAGAGGGGGAGGGGGUGGGGGUGGAGGUGGAGGCAGCUAUGGAUGGGGAUGGGGGGGUGGGGGAGGGGGUGGGGGUGGAGGAGGAGGAGGAGGAGGAGGGGGAGGGGGAGGUGGAGGUGGAUGGGGAUGGGGAGGAGGAGGUGGUGGUUGGUAUAAAUGGGGAUGUGGGAAAGGGAAGGGAGGAGGAGGAGGUGGUGGUGGAAGAGGGAGGAGAGGCAUGAAUAAUAUGCAUAUGCAUAGGAAGAGAGAAGUGGAGAAAUUAGAGUACAAGAUAGGAGAGUACGCACAAUGCAUGGGAGAAGGAAGAUGUAAAUGGAUGAGAUUAGAUUGCCCUCUGCACUGUGGAGGACCUUGUUUUUAUGAUUGCCAACAUAUGUGCAAGGCUCACUGUCGACGUUCUUGAUUAAUCCUCUCCCUUUUCUAACACCAUAUUCAUUCCUUACAACCUUUCUUUCUUUUAAUCUUCUUGUUUUUCCUGGUUUUGUUGGACUUAGGUCGAGUUUUAGUUUUGGCACUCUAAUUUAGGUUAUAUGUUUUUUUAAUAUUAUUAUUUUCCUUUUGCAUGAUGAUGAUGAUGAUUAUCGUUGUCUUUCGUAGUAUUAGUAACUCUUAAUAAGAGUUGCAAUUUAAUGACUGUUUCUCACAUGUGGGCUCGUUUUAUAUAUUUUUGGCUUCUAGAACUAUAAUUCAAUCUAUUUUU